CGGGGGGGCGGGGGUGGGGUAUUUAUAUAGACGAUGAAAAUGGGCUUCUGUUGGUUGUUUCGUAAACUUUCUCCCUUAAGUUUCUCUCUCUAGCGUACAGAGACAAGAGUGGGGGCCAGUGAGAUCAGAUGAAAAGUCGUUAAAAAAUUUCACAGCCACUUCUGCUGAACUCUGUUUUUGGUUUUUUGGGCUCGAUGUCUGAUGCCAAAAUUCAAGAGUUGGGUAAACGUGGCAAGAGAAAGGCGAGCGGUGGGGAAGAGGAAGAUGGGCCGUCGAGUUUUCUUUUGUUUUCCUCUUCUUCUGGAGGGAAAUGGCGUACGGCUGGCGGGCAUACUGAUGACGACGAAACCAGACGCGAGGAGGAGGUGGAGAUGGCGGAGGCGGAGGAGGAGGAGAAGCAGGACCCAUUGGGGUUGUUUGGUUCAGGAAUCAUGACAAUGAUACUGAGCAAACUCGACGCACGCAGCGUGGCACUAGGUCGUUUGGUCUCGCGAGGAUGGCUUGCUGUUGCUUCCAGUGAUGACAUUUGGGCUCCCAAGUGUGAGGAGUUAUGGCAAGGGAAAGCACACAUACCUCGAAUAUCAAAAUUUCCAGGACUUACUAAGUUGGCUGCUUACUCGUUAUCUGUGAAGGAUGGUAAAAGGACCAGAAUAACUCGACAGGAUCUGUGUGAUCAUAUAUGGGAAUUUCACUUUACUGAGGCUGCUCCUGGAUACUGGAGAAAUCUCGACCCCUACUGGAACGGGACAGGACCGCCUAUGCGCCGAUACUUCCAGCCAGACGGGACCAUAACCGCAGACGACAAUGACAGGGUGUGGGGCGGCCACGAGUCUUGCUACACCGUGGUCACCGGCUUGCUGGCCGACGGCAAGAUAAGGGAACAUUACAUGAGAAUAAACAGGUGGCCUAAACUUUCUGUGCACAGAAAACAAGAUUGGGGCUGGGAGCUCUCCAACCAUCUCUACUGCUACACAAGCGUCCCUGACGCUGAUAAGGAAGAUGGCACCGGCCCUUUUUUUCCUGUUUUCUGAUGAUAUCACGAUAUGCUGUUGUAACUACACACUACUGUGUGCGUUUUUACGCUUCAGUGCGUGUAUUUCAGAGGUUCUGAGAGUCGUGGGUUGGAGAUGAACAGAUUUCUGUAAUGGGUUUUCUUUCAUUUCUUGUGUUUGUUUCAAAUUGUGCCCCAGGCAUCAUCUAUUUUAAGAAAUCUUGCUAUUUCUGGACAGGAAUGUUGGAUUUCGGGAUAUUUAACCCACGCUGGAACAGUCGAAUGGAUUUGAAAAAGAAAAAAAAAAAGAAACAUUGAGGAUC